AUGGCUUGUAUCAGACAAUCAUCCAGAUCAAGUCUUAUGCACUCUUCGAGAACCAUUAGAUCUCAAGCCUCAAGGAACAUCCUUAAAUCAGCACCAUCCAGAAACAUGUCGUUCUUCUUCCCCAGAAUCUCCUACGCCCCAGCGCGAUGCAGCCCUGUCAGUCGACACGAGUUUGCCCCUCUCUUCAGUCUCUUCGAUGACACUUUGAACGAAAUUCAGAGAGCCAGCCGACAAUCGAGAAAACAAUUCAACCCUCGCUUUGACGUGAAAGAGACUCAGGAUGCCUACUCACUCGAGGGUGAACUCCCUGGCGUCGACCAGAAGGAUCUCAAUAUCGAAUUCACCGACGAGCAUACCUUGACCAUCAAGGGUCGCACCCAGCGUUACGUCGAAUCCGGUCGACCGACUUCAGCCAGCAUUGAAGGUGAAAAGAAGGCGGCCCUGGAGGAAGCCCCUGCAUCGGAAACCAGCAGCGUUAAGUCACAUCAACCCACCGUCGAAGAUGAAGAACCAGCCGAUUCAUCUGCUGCUCCGGCCACCACAAAUGAGAAGAGCGAAGUCGCGGCGCCGACCGCAGCCCCAGUAGCAGAACCAGAACAGCCACAACAGCAGUUCUGGAUCUCUGAGCGCUCCGUCGGCGAGUUCACACGCAGCUUCAGCUUCCCAGCACGUGUAAACCAGGAGGCAGUGCGUGCUUCGCUUAAGAAUGGCGUUCUCAGCAUUGUUGUCCCCAAGGCAUCAGCUCCCGAGAGCAGACGCAUCAACAUCGAAUAA